AUGGAAAGAGGAAUACCCACACCUCCCACGGAGGACAAUAUGAAGUCAUCUUCGGGUCCCCGAAGAAACCCCAGCUCCAGUAACAAAGUUGUAAAACCGAUACAUCGCAAUUCGAAACGAUCCGCCAGCCACGCUUCGCAUUCUCCCGUUCACGACCAUGCACCUCCGUCACCACAUAGCGCCGGUGCCGACCGACACAAGCGGGUAUGGAAAGCCUGCGAACGGUGUAGGAUGAAGAAGACGAAGUGCGACGGCGAAUUUCCCUGCAAGCGGUGUAAGGACGACGGGCUUGUCUGCACGGCAGGGACGAGAAAAAAGACGGAAUAUAAGCAACUACCCAGAGGCUAUGCCGAAGUCUUGGAAAAUACUCAAUUUGCCUUAAUUGCUACGGUUCACAAGCUAUACCACAUGGUUAGGAACGGGCAACAAUGGGAGCUUGGCGAACCCGAGCUCAAUGACAGAGGUCAACCGAUAAUUCAUAACAUCGCCACAAAAUUGGGAUGCAUCCGACCCAACGCGGACGCCGACCUCCCUCCCCACUCCGUCUUCCCUGAAGACGAAGCCGGCUUGGCGAAACUAGCCACGGAGCUAGAGGCGCAACAACGCGAAAGAGACUCUCACGCCGCGGAGCACAAGUCGGAAACAGAAUCGACUUGCAAUAGAACAGAUCGAUCUGGCUCAUCCGACGUCGAGCACUCCGAUUUUGAGCAAGACUACCGAAAAGUGUUGAUGGCAGGCCAAAACCCAAGAGAAGUGCAACAGACCAUGUCGCCGCAGAGCUUCACAUCCUACAACGACUUCGACACGACCAGCAUGGCCAACGACAUCGACCCAGCUACGACGCUAUUCCCUCUGCUGUCGCCGCCAGGGCCGGGGUCCUACCAACCGUGGCAUAUGGCGAGGCCGGCGUCACUGGAGAUGCCGCCGCAUUAUUUGCAGCACAUGGAUAUCAACAUGGCGGACAUGAUGCUGAGCCAGGGGCUCGUAGAAUCGGAAUUCGGCACCAUCAAGCCGCAUAUGCUUUCAUGCCCCAACCCGGAGGUUAUGCUGGGAGUCGGGGACCCGAUGAUUUACUCCGGGUACAACAUGGAAUCAAUGCGAUCUUGA